AUGUCGACAACGCACUCUACAGAGCUCGGGGCCGAUAUCUAUGUGCUUCGUGCUUCCCUAGAAGACUCCACCAAUCUUAUUGCUGUUGGAACAGAGCACUCCGUAGAAGUUUUCACCGUAGAGGACAACAGCUUUACACCAGUCGCGUCAUUUCAUAUCGGCCAGCGCGUCACUGCGCUUGGAUUCUCCCCUAAAACAGUGUCUCCUUCUCGCAGUCAAGAUUGGUUUAUCGAGAUCGUCGCUGCGAGUGCCAAUUUCGGCUUACAUCUCCUCACUAAAAGUAGUCAUGCCUCAAACGAACAUAUUUUCGCCUUUGGAGGUGGUCUGAGUGGACACCACGGCUGCGUGAACGAUAUAUCAUUUUGCGGUGGAUUCGGAGAUGAUGCUGCUCGUUAUGUAGCGACAGUUUCAGCAGACGCUCUUAUGUUGAUCUGGGACCUCUAUCCAACCUCCACUCCUUCCUCGCCUUCUUCCGCUGACCUGUCGCUGUCCCCACCACCCCGGGCCCAACCUACUGCUUAUACGAUCUCCUUUCCGCACGAGCUGCGCUCAGUAUGCUCUCAUCCAUCUAGCUCGAAAGAAUUUCUAGUUGCGGAUGCUCGUGGCUCUAUAUUCCUCACUGACUGGCGGUCGGACCCAGAGGAAACCGGCACUGAUGGGUGGCGGCUGUUUGAGCUCGUCGACCCUUACGCAUUAGCUGCAUCGAUAUCUGCGCCGGUUGGUGGUUGCGCGUCCUGGAAAAAAGACAACGUGGACAUUGUCGGCGCCGUCUUCGGGUCGCGGUUCUCUGUAUGGGACAUUUCAAGACUUCAAGGUGGGAAGCCCUUGAUUGGGAAUGUCUGUCUUGAAGGCGCAGAUCGUUUCCGGUGGUCCCCUACUUUACCGGCCUUUGCCAUUUCCAGUCGCUCGCCCACCAAAGGCGCUACGCUAAACAUCCACCAACUGACCCAUGCUUCGUCUCCCACUACGAUCGUCCUUGCUCCAAGACCACAUUUCGUCAGGGACUUUGAUUGGAUUUUCUUGCGAACUCCUCGAAUCGCGGCUGCAGUGGGGCGAAGGAUUAUGAUUCUCCGUGUAGAAAUUGAUACAUGA